AUGAAUCAAACAAUUAACGUCGAGCAGCUAAACUCAGCAUUGACUUCUCUUAGAACUCUUCGCUCAAGUGUGAGCCAUGUGUUUGAAACUCUAUCGAAUGGGCUAAGAGCGGACCACGGUGAGGAUGGCAAAGAUAAAUUUCUUUUAGAAUUGCAAGAACUCUUAAACAAUGUAAACAUAAAUCUUCGUGACUUAGAACAAACUGUUACUGGACUACCCAUACCUACAGCGCCAUUUAAUUUGGGUAACACGACAUUUUUAAGCCAAGAAACAACACAAGAUAGACAGGCUUUGUAUACCCAACUGGUCAAUAGUUACAAAUGGACCGAUAAAAUACACGAAUACAGUUCAUUUGCACACACAUUGCUCAGCCAGAAUUCUCUAAAAAGAUCGUAUAUAAAUUCCGGGAGCACGAAGAGACGUGGAAAAUUACAAAGCAACCACAAUGUAGCGCCGUUACAAGUCGACAAUGUAAUUAAUAAUAUAGACCGUUCAUACAAUGACAUGAAGAUCACAAUUUCACGGCCUUUCGCAAGUAAUGCAGUGGUUCAAAUCAAUCUCAGUCAUGUUUUAAAAGCUGUGGUUGCAUUUAAGGGUCUGCUGAUGGAAUGGGUUAUGGUCAAAGGUUACGGCGAGACUCUAGACUUGUGGACAGAGUCUAGGCACCAUGUAUUUAGAAAAGUAACUGAAAAUGCACAUGCCGCGAUGCUACAUUUCUAUUCUCCGACCUUACCAGAGCUAGCUGUCCGUUCUUUCAUGACUUGGUUACACAGUUACGUAAACCUGUUCAGUGAGCCGUGUAAACGUUGUGGGUGUCAUCUCCAUCAUACAUCCAUGCUGCCGCCCGCCUGGCGUGAUUUCCGCACCCUCGAACCAUUUCACGAUGAAUGCAAACAAUAG